AUGACUUAUGUAUGGAAGUUUAAUAUUGUGAGUGUCUCUACAAAGCCACCAUUAGCUACUAAAAUGGAGUAUUCGGGUUUGAAUAAGCAUAAAUCAAGGUUACGUUGGUUGUUGAUGUUGAUGAUGAUACAUAUUCUUAUGGUCGGGCAAACACAAGGUGAUUGUAUAGAAGAGGAGAGAAAGGCACUACUCCAAAUCAAAGCCUCCCAUAUGAAGUCGUAUGAUUCCAAUGUUGACCAUUUUCUCCCUACCUGGGUUGAUUAUGGCAGUAGAACCUCGGGGUAUGAUGGUGGUAACUGCUGUGAUUGGGAGAGGGUCAAAUGCAACACAACCACCGGGCAUGUAACAGAGCUUUCAUUUUACAAUUUAAGAUGGGUGAUAGACAAUAAUAUGGAGUUCGGGAACAAGUCGUGGCCAUUGAAUGUCUCCUUGUUUCUUCAUUUUAAAGAGUUGACAAGUCUCAAUUUGUCACAUGAUUUUCUUGAUAAAGAGACUAUGAAGAUAGGACUUGAAAGGUUGUCAAGUUUGAAGAAGUUGAAGGUACUAGACCUUAGUGGGAAUCACGAUAUCGAUAACGACAUCAUUCCAUCAUUGAAGACACUCACUUCACUCAAAAUCUUGGAUCUUAGCGACACUAGCUUGAAUGGAAACUUCCCCAUCAGUGAAUUUGCAGCUUUGAAGAACUUGGAGGUGUUGGAUCUAAGCUACUGUUACUUUAAUGGUACCUUUGAGAUUCAAGGUUUUGAGACGGGUUCCAUAUUGACGAAGUUAAAAAUUUUAAAUCUUGGGAACAACAGAUUUGAUGAAAGCGUCAUAACAUCUCUAAGUAUCCUUUCAUCACUUACAAACUUGGAUCUUAGCUACAAUCAAAUGUGGGGAUCAUUUCCAGCUCAAGCUUGUAAGAGCUUAUCGAGAUUGAAAAGGUUGGAGAAUAUAAAUCUUUCCUAUCACAAUUUCAACAAGAGCAUCAUAUCAUGCCUAAGUACCCUUCCAUCUCUCAAGAUUCUUGAUCUUUCAUAUUCAACUUCAUUGGGAAGUUCUUUUCCUUUCCAAGAAUUUCAUGAUUUGCCUGAUUUGGAAGUCCUCCUCUUGAGAGAUAAUGGUUUCAGUGGAACACUACCAAUAGAGGCUUUUGCAUCUUUCCGCCAUCUGGAGGUCUUAGAUUUGAAUGGCAACAAUUUUAUUGGGAGCAUUCCAUCAGCAAUACAUGCAUUAUCUUCCCUAAGAGCUCUCUCACUCGCCAACAAUCAUCUCAAUGGCUCAUUACCGGAUCAUGGUUUCAGUGAGUUGAAGAACCUCCAUGAACUGGAUCUUAGUCACAACAGGCUUCAUGGAACUCUGCCUCAAUGUUUGAACAAUCUGUCAUCUCUUAAGAUGUUGGAUAUUUCUUCAAAUCAAUUAUCAGGGAUAUUUGUGGCAUCGCUCAUUGCUAAUCUCACAUCUCUCGAGUACAUUGAUAUCAGUCAUAACAAUUUCGAAGGUCUGUUCUCGUUCAGCUCCUUCUCCAACCAUUCAAAGCUUGAGGUAAUUCUGUUUUCAAGCGAUAGUGAGGAAUUUGUGGUCGAAACAGAAGAGCCUACAGAUUGGAUCCCAAUGUUCCAGUUGCAAAUUCUUGAGCUAUCUAAUUGCAUUGUGAACAUGCCUAAAGGACAAGUUGUACCUGGGUUUCUACUUCACCAGCACAAGUUACGGGAACUACACUUGCCGCACAAUUCCUUGGAGGGACACUUUCCAAGUUGGUUUUUAAAAAAUAAUACGAAUCUGGAUGUUCUUAACCUAAGGAACAACUCCUUUGGCAGUAUGCCGCUGUAUAGAAAUGCUAAUAUGAAGUGGUUGGAUAUGUCUGGAAAUCACAUAAUAGGUAAUCUUUCCGAGCAUAUACCAAAGUUCUUUCCCAACAUAAUUCAUUUGAAUUUGUCCAUGAAUGGUUUAACCGGUGCUAUCCCAUCCUCAAUUAGUGAACUGAGUAAACUAUCGAUGCUGGAUUUAUCUGGCAAUAAGUUAUCAGGAGAAGUACCAAAGGGAAUGCUCACAAAUAUAUCUGGAUUGCAGGUAUUAAAACUAUCAAAGAACAACUUGCAUGGCCAGGUACUUUCAGGAAAUUUAAGCUGGGGUAAUUACCUCCGAGGGCUUUACCUAGACAGCAACCAUUUCACAGGGAAAAUUGGAACUGUUAGCCAGGGAAAUCUGGAAACUCUGAUUUCUAUGGAUAUUAGCAAUAACCUUUUUACAGGUGUGAUCCCUGAUUGGAUAACCAACAUCAUGGGAUUAACUCAACUUGUGGUGAGAAAUAAUAGUUUCAAAGGCAGGUUUCCUUGUGGAAUAGCACAAUUCUCUGUUCUUGAUAUCUCACAAAAUUAUUUCUCUGGGCCCAUCCCAUCCUGCUUAUUAAAAUUUCAAAUUUCAAAUAUGCAGCAUCUUCAUAUGGGUUCCAACAGAUUUACUGGAUCGGUACCUAAAUUCUUUCGUAGUUUGACUAUUAUUUUGACUUUGGACAUCAGCAACAAUGAUUUGUCAGGCAGGAUUCCUAAAUUUCUUGGCAAACUAUCCACUUUAAGGAUUCUUCUUUUGAGAAAAAAUAAAUUUAGUGGUUCUAUUCCAAAGCAGUUGUGCAAAUUACGUGAUGUGAGUUUGUUAGAUCUAUCGAAUAACCAUCUUUCUGGUUCAAUACCUAGCUGCCUUCAAAACAUUACCGGGGGGCAUGACCUUGCUUUCAUAAAAAGAGGCAGAUGGGGAUUUGGAUUUUCCAUUGAAUCCUCUUACCAUUAUGAGAGUACUAAUUUUGGGUUUCGUCCGUCGAUCCCCACUACUGAAACAGUGGAAACACAAAACGAAGUUGAGUUCACAACAAAAACGCUCUUUCUCCACUACAAGGGUGACAUCCUUGAUUACAUGACAGGAUUGGAUCUAUCUAGUAACAAACUUACAGGUGAAAUUCCACAAGAACUUGGGUUGUUGAGCCAGAUUCGGGCUUUGAACCUGUCUCACAAUCAGCUGACUGGACCAAUCCCAGUGAACUUCUCAAAUCUUGCGAAUAUUGAGAGCCUGGACCUUUCUUCAAAUGGAUUGACCAGCAUAAUUCCAUCACAACUGGUUCAGCUGACUUUUCUAGAAGUUCUUAAUGUUUCUCACAACAAUCUAUCGGGUAGACUCCCAGAAAUGAAAGCACAGUUUGGGACCUUUACAAAGGCUAGCUAUGAAGGCAAUCCACUUCUUUGCGGACCACCGCUGGAGAAUAAAUGCACGAUAGAGCCACAGGUAACCGAUCCAUCUCUUAAAGAAGAGAGCUCUGAGAAAUGGUAUGAUAUUGAUAUGGUGUGUUUCUAUGGAAGUUCUAGUGCAACAUGUGUUGUGUUCUUGUUGGGAUUUGUCGGGCUUCUUUACGUCAAUCCUUACUGGCGCAGAAGGUGGCUAGACAUGGUUGGAGAAUUUCAUGACAAGAAGAUUCAAGUUGAUUCUUAUGAAGAUGCAAAAGUUUUUUGCUCGAUUGGAGUUCAAACCGAUGAUAUUUUAUGUUCUUGUGAUUCGUUUGAUGGAAUGAUUCCUUAUCGGAAGCCGGUGAUCCAAGAAAUUCAUAAGUAUCAAACUCCAAAAGAUUUGAUUCAAACUUAUAAAGUUGAAGUUGUGGGAAGUGGUUUUGUUCAUGAAAUCAAGUCUUCAAGAUGCAAAAGAUGA